CCACGAUUAGCAAUCAAUAGUGAAAUUCACCGAACUUGAAUAGAAAAUUUGAUAAUUUGGGAAAACAAACACUCUUAUCUUCACCACUUAACUCCAAAUUCUGCAAAAUCGAAACCGAAGAAGCUUGAAGAAUAGCGAGGUCCUUCAAUUUUUGAGCUGAGCACGACGGGGCCCAAGAAUUGGGGGAGAAAUGGACGAUUACACGCGAGAAAUGAUGGAUUUGAAAACCCUUGUUACACGCACUCUCGAGAAGAAAGGCGUUCUCGCCAAGAUCCGUGCUGAAUUGAGAGCUAGUGUAUUUGAAGCGAUAGAAGAAGAGGAUAGAGUUAUAGAGAAAGAUGAUGGACUGCCUCCUGCUCUUCUGGGUAGUUGCAAUGAUCGUGCAAAGCAGCUCCACAACUCUCCUUCUGGACGACUUCUAACUGCAUUGAUAUGUGAAUAUCUAGAUUGGGCUCAACUAAACCAUACCUUGAAAGUUUACUUGCCAGAGUGCAAUUUGCCAAAGGAUUCAUGGAAAUCGGAAUUAAGAGACUUUAGCAGCAAAAAUGGAUAUGACCUUAAUCGUAAUGGUGACAGUGGGCCUUUGCUUUUGGACGUACUUGAGGGGUUCUUAAAGUACGAGAAUUUAUCCCAAGGAAGAGGGAGCAACAGGAGAUCAACUAUUCCAGAUACCGACUCUCUAUCAAACAUUGAUCCUAGAAACAUGAGAAGGACUUCACCGUCAUCUCUUGCUGGCGGUGUACCUCCAUUAGGAAGGCCUCUUCCUGCUUCACAACCAUCUGAUCGCCGAGCUGGGUCAUCUACAUCUGGCUAUAGGAAAGACGAAUACAGUUGGAGAUAUGAUAAUGAUGAACUUCCAGAAGAUGUAGGCCGGGCUUCAGCUGCACUGGAAAAUCUGCAGUUGGAUAGAAAAACUCGUAAUUUAACCAGCUCAUGGAGGCAUGCUGGUGAUGGAAUGUCUGAGGAUACCAGCUGAGUAAACCGCAUGUAACUGCUUGAUCUUUGACAUAGUCCGCAGGUGAUUUUUGCUGCUCCAACAAUGUACCAAGUGAUUUUAUCUAAGAUCAAUAUGUAUUUUUGUAUUUGGUGAUCAUAUAACUGCUUAAUCCCAGUCUUGUUUCUUCCUAUUCAUUUUUUUUUUUUUGUUCAUUUUCGUCGUUAAAGUUGUUAGUUUCAGGAUUAUGAUCCUGUAGGGUGUGCCGAUUGUAUCAAUACGCUACUGAUUAUUGUUUAAGCUAAUGAAAGGUUUAUUUCUAA